CAAUUGGAUGACAUGACAAAAACCAAACCAGCUAGCUAUUCUUUUCUAUGGCUAUGGCUACUAUAUUUCUUCCAUUCACGACUAGCAUCAUGUUUCUUUUGGGACUUCUGGUGGCAAUCCUUUCUAUACCAGGCGCACAAUCAUCAGUAGGUGUUUGUUAUGGAAUGAUGGGCAACAAUCUCCCUUCCCACUCGGAAGUCAUAUCUCUUUACAAAUCAAACAAGAUCAACCGGAUGAGACUCUACGACCCAAACCACGGUGCUCUUGAAGCUCUCCGAGGCUCCAACAUCGAACUCAUCCUCGGUGUUCCAAACUCGCUCCUUCAGGACUUCGCUAAAAACCCCUCCAAUGCCCAAAAUUGGGUAAAAACAAAUGUCCUCAACUUCUACCCUAGCGUCAGAAUCAAGUACAUUGCCGUUGGAAAUGAAGUAAGCCCCGUUAACGGAGACACAUCUCUGGCUCAGUUCCUCCUCCCCGCCAUGCAGCACGUGUACCAGGCAGUCAGAGCAGCCAACCUACAUGACCGAAUCAAGGUCUCAACCGCCAUCGACACGACCUUAAUAGGAGUCUCUUACCCUCCAUCCCAAGGAGCAUUUCGUGGUGACGUGAGAGGCUAUCUGGACCCAAUUAUCGGCUACUUGGUUUAUGCUAAAGCACCACUGCUUGCUAACAUAUACACAUAUUUUAGUUAUGUUGGGAACCCUAGAGACAUCUCUCUUCCUUACGCCUUGUUCACUUCGCCUUCGGUUGUUGCUUGGGAUGGUAAUAAAGGAUACCAAAACCUGUUUGAUGCGAUGCUGGAUGCUUUGUACUCGGCUCUUGAGAGAGCAUGGGGUGGUUCUUUGGAGGUUGUUGUGUCCGAAAGCGGGUGGCCUUCGGCAGGUGGCUUUGGAACGUCUCCUGAGAAUGCUCGGACUUAUUACUCCAAAUUGAUUCAGCAUGUGAAAGGGGGCACCCCAAAGAGGCCUGGUAGGGCCAUAGAGACUUACUUGUUUGCCAUGUUUGAUGAGAACCAGAAAAACCCAGAGCUGGAGAAACACUUUGGGGUUUUCUACCCUAAUAAACAGUCAAAGUAUCACCUCAGUUUCGGGGGAGGAAGACUAGAAACUAGUACUUCUGCUGAGUAUAAUGUUACUAGUUCCCUCAAGAGUGAUAUGUAAUAGCAUUUGUAGUACAUCAAUAUCCAAAGUGUAAGUGUGUUUCUUGAAAUUAAUAAGAGAAUAAGUUCUAUUUAUCAAGUGCAUGAGUAGU